CGCUGGGACUGGUUCCUUCGCAGCCAUUUUCUGUCCAACCAAACAGCCGAUUUGCGGAGGGAGCCAACCAGGGCCGCACUGGAGAUGGAUGGUGAUAGCUCCACAACAGAUGCUUCUCAGUUAGGAAUUGCUGGAGAUUACAUUGGUGGCAGUCACUAUGUGAUACAGCCUCAUGAUGACACAGAGGAUAGCAUGAAUGACCAUGAAGAUACAAAUGGCUCAAAAGAGAGUUUUAGAGAACAAGAUAUAUAUCUUCCAAUUGCAAAUGUGGCAAGGAUAAUGAAAAAUGCCAUACCCCAAACAGGAAAGAUUGCUAAGGAUGCAAAGGAAUGCGUGCAAGAGUGUGUAAGUGAAUUCAUCAGCUUUAUAACGUCAGAAGCAAGUGAAAGGUGUCACCAAGAGAAAAGAAAGACCAUCAAUGGAGAGGAUAUUCUCUUUGCCAUGUCAACCUUAGGGUUUGAUAGCUAUGUUGAACCUUUGAAGUUAUACCUCCAAAAAUUCAGAGAGGCAAUGAAAGGAGAAAAAGGAAUUGGGGGAGCCGUUACAACUGGAGACAGUCUAAGUGAGGAGCUCACAGAAGAAGCAUUUACUAACCAGUUGCCAGCAGGCUUAAUAACUACAGAUGGCCAACAGCAGAAUGUUAUGGUCUACACAACGUCAUAUCAACAGCUGGAGACUUAGGACUUAUCAGCGGUGUUGAUGAAACACUUGACUAUGUGUGAUGCAGAAUGCUUGUGGUACCUUUCAAAGCACAAAAACACUCAUGUCUGGCCAAAAUGCAGUGAUGAGGAAGGCUAAUUUAGAUGAUGUUCUUCUGCAGCUCAGUUUCAUUACAGACUUAAUGGGAGCUUGGGCUCUGCCUUUACCAGUCUUGCUGAUGUAUGUAUCCAUCUUUACUAAUUUAUUUAUUCUUCUGUUUUGAUUUCUACUGAACACUAAAUUAUGCAGUCAGAUAGUGUAGCCAGAACACAGAGGGAGUCUUGGCACGAGGCAGUACAUCCUAAAUAUGUACUGACCCAUGCUUAUCUGCCUUUAGCUAAAACUUGGUGUGAAUUAUGUGGGCUAUACUUUAAAUAGCUAUCUUCCUUGAACUGCAUGCUGGAUACACUGUGAAUCAUGUCAGGUUAGUAGAUGGUCCCUACUCCAGUUCCAAGAUGAUGCUGAUUAACAUGUUGUAAGCUCAUCCAGGGGAUUUGCCUUUGAUAGGAGGGGAAGCAUAUGGGCAGCUGUGGGCGUACAGGCGAUUCCUUGAAGCAAUAUGAAGAGCAAAGGGGAGAGCCAAGGGCUGCUAAUUUCCUUAGCACAUUGCUGUCAUAGUAAGAGCUGUCUGUGGCUAUAUCAUUAUUAAUUUUUAAGAACUUUGAAUAUGAUUAAUGUUCUACUUAAGUCUAAGAGACUUGUUACUUCAGUUAUAUUCACAGCAAUAAGACAAUUUGCUUUCAAGUAGCCUGCACCAUUUGGGAAGGCUGUGAGAAUUUUUUAAGUUUUGAUUUGUAAUGAAUAAAGUAAAAGAAAAAGCUUUUCAGUUAAAUUUUAAGUGAAUUUCCUUCCAUUUAUAGAUGGAAAAAAAUGUAUAUACAUCCUAAGAAAAAUAAUGCUAUAGGGGAAAUAUGCUUUAUGUAGGACCUGUGGAGUCCUAUAGGAAGAAGAUAAAUACUGAUACUAUGGGCAAUGGUUAUUCUUAGAGUCCCCUUGCAAAUCACUUUGGUGAAAAGAGGAGUGAGGGAAGGAUGCCUUUUGGCAGCAGUGCAUUCUAAGAGGUACCUAGUUGAAAACGUGGGCCAGUUUCUCCUCUCUGAAAAGAAAGAGAUGUUGUUCUGGCAUAAUCACUUGCACUCCCACCCUCUAAAACGCUGAAAAAAAUAUACUUAAGCAACUGAAUAUUGAUCUAUUUACCUAUUGAUCUGUGAAGCUGGCAUGAUAAUGGACUGCAAUGUAACCUCUGACCCUCAGUGUGUAAAAGUGCAAUGGAAAGCUCUCUAGAAACUCUGUGCCAUUUCAGCCAAGGCCAAAUGCUCUUGGGAGUAAGGGCAGUUUGUCCCCUAUGCACAAUAGUUGCCAAAUUGCUGCUGGCUGCACUGCAUUUAUUAAAUUGCAGUCUCUAAGAAUGGCUGCAGAGGAGGGGAGAGAAGGGAGGCAGUGCACAGCAGCUUGGAGGAGUUUGCUAUACUCGUUUAGGAAAUCUUCCAGGCAGGAUGCCAGGGUAAUUUCUGGGAAUAAUUUAUUGCAGCACAUUGGGACAGAGGAUCUGUUUACCAGGAGCCGUGGCACCUUAUUUGCUUUUGUAUGAAGGAGAACUGCUGAGGUCUCUAAAUCUGUUGGGCAGAGGAGCAUCCUUCAGACUGCCACUCUAAUCUGUUUGUCCCUAAUACUUGAUCUGGCCCAGCCUGUGCAGCAUCAGAGAUGGCAGCUGUCUGAAAGGGCUUGGUUUCUGGCUAACUAACCUCAUUGCUGUCUACAACUACCUGAAGGGACAUUGUGGCCAGGUGGGGGUUUGUCUCUUUUCCCAGACAACCAGCAACAGAACAAGGGGACACAGUCUCAAGUUGUGCCAGGGGGAAGUAUAGGCUGGAUGUUAGGAGGAAGUUCUUCACAGAGAGAGUGAUUGGCAUUGGAAUUGGCUGCCCAGGAAGGUGGUGGAGUCACCAUCCCUGGAGGUAUUGAAGAAAAGCCUGGCUGAGGCACUUAGUGCCAUGGUCUAGUUGACUGGCUAGGGCUGGGUGCUAGGUUGGACUGGAUGAUCUUGGAGGUCUCUUCCAACCUGGUUGAUUCUAUGAAUAGAGGGGACUUGGCACUCACCCCAAGAAGGCACAUCAACAAGAGCACAUUGCAAACCGUUUGGGCAGCAGUUAAGUUCUAGUCAGAAUCAGCCCAGGGUUUUGAUUCUGUUUAGAGCUGCCAACUACUUUGCCCUAGAAAUUGCUGGGUGCAGAGUGAGUUCUCCACUGCCACUGAGAUAACAGUGACAGAAGCACUUCACUGCUGUUCCUACACUGUUGUCAUUGUAAAUCUUCAACGUGCACAAUAAAAGGGCUGUUGACAACUUAGAGCAGUUCCCGGCACUGUUUUGAUACACAGAUGUCUAUAAACUGGGGCUGAGGCCUGGACAUUGCCACUUGUAGCUCACUCAGUGACCACUACCAGCAGGAAAAAAUCUUAGGUGUAUUUCCUUCAGGUGUGUCUUUAGCAUGACAGAAAGGAGAGGGAAAACUACAGGAAAAAGUAGAGAAUCUGCCUGGAGGAGGUGGCUGUGAUGAGAGUUAUCUCCACUCAAAAGGACACAAUAAGUGAAAGCAACUUCCAGCUGCACACUGAAGCCUUACAGUUCAGAUAUCAAUGAUUGUCAC